AUGGCUUUUCUAAUGAAAAGUAUGUUGAGCAACCAGGUAAAGAAUUUGGGACUUGGAGGUGGAGGGGAAGAAAGCAAAGAAGAAAGCACUCCUUCUGAUCCAGCAGCAGCUGCAGGAAUGACCAGAGAGGAGUAUGAGGAGUAUCAAAAGCAAAUGGUUGAGGAGAAGAUGGAAAGAGAUGCAGCAUUUGCACAGAAAAAAGCAGAGCGAGCCUGUCUGAGGGUUCAUCUGAGGGAAAAGUACAGACUCCCCAAGAGUGAAUUGGAUGAGAAUCAAAUACAGAUGGCUGGAGAUGACGUGGGUUUGCCAGAAGACCUGCAGAAGAUGGUGGCAGAAGAUCAAGUGGAGGAAGAGGACAAGGACUCUAUCCUGGGGCAGCUGCAGAACAUCCAGAAUAUGGACAUGGAUGCCAUCAAAGAAAAAGCACAAGCUACCUUCACUGAAAUCAAACAGGCUGCAGAGCAGAAGUGUUCUGUGAUGUAGAAGAGGCAGCGAGGUCCAAGGGUUAUGACUUCAGCCUUGUCUCAGAGGGGCUGGGCUGCAGAGUGAGGGCAGGCUGAGGAAUGCACUUAGCUCUAUAGCAUUAAAUGUAAAUAUAGAAAAGAGAGAGAGACUUAA